AUGCAUUUAUUAAUAGCAUGUUUGAUAGCUCUCAUGGUCAUCAGCCUGUCAGUCCAUUGUAGAGGUAGAUCAGGUCGUUACAUUAAUGAACACAGCGGUGAUUUUAGUUACGGUAACAGUGGUUUUGAUACAAGCAAUUUUAGAAACUUUAACCGUCCCUGGAUAUGGGGGUCCACAGAAGAUGGAGAAAUUAUAAUUGAAUCACUUACGUAUGAGACAUUAGAUGGUGCCUUAAAUGUUAUACGAACUUCUUUUUUUACUGAUGAAAAUAUGAGCAAAGGUUGUGGAUUAUUAUCUGAACCUGGAGCUUCAGAAGAAGUUGAACAAUUGAUAUUAGAAAUUGUCAAAGAUGGCAUUAGUAUUGUUGCAAAAGAUGUUAUUACAAACGAAGUCGUGGGCACUAUUUUCAACAAAUUAUUCAAGCCUCAAACUGGAAAUGAAAUAAGCGAGAUAGAAAUAUUUCGAGAUAAUUUCAAGCACAAAGCGUCAAAAUGCUUCAUAGAUGUGUAUGUAGAUGUUGAAUCCAGAGUGGAUCUUUUUAAACUUUAUAAUGCCAAUUGCACUAUGGAAAUGACGUUUUUAGCAGUUAAUCGGGAUUAUCGACGGAGAGGAAUUGCUGGGUUAUUAGUAUCAUCGUCAUUAGAAUUAGGAAGACAAUUAUACAAAGGAAUGCCUGUAAAAACUCCUGUGAAUAUUGACGGAAAAUCGAUUACUAAUGCCGAUGAUAUUCCUAGUAUUGCUUCAGUGACAAUGACAGCCAAGUAUUCACAAAAAUUGUUAGAUAAAUUUGCCUUUGAUAAAGUUAUUGAAGUCAGUUUUAAUGAAGUUAUGUUCGAGGGUAGAUCACUAAGUGAAAAAAUAGGGAAUACUAAUCAAACUGCUAUAAUUGGUGUAAAAAGUCUUUCUACAAAUUAA